AUGCUCACUCUCACCAUUUUAGCAGCUGGCCUCCUCAUCCCCGCGCUUGCUCUCCCAGCCCCGCUGCCCGACCUCGCCCGGCGCGAGGACAUGGUGCGGUGCCCCCCGUCGUAUGACGGCGACACGCGGUACGGCGAGUGCCCUGCCGACUGGCAGUCGCGCGGGCUGGACCCGAACAAGGCGUUCUGGCCCUCGGCGCCGCUGUAUGGCGCGAGCGGGCACCCGCACCCCGACGACGUCGAGCAGAACAGCGAGGCAGACUGCGGGUUCGCCGCGACGCUGGUCGCGCUGGCGCACCACAACGCGUCGUGGAUCGAGGCGCUGCUGCGCACCGGCGCCGACAACGGGCGCGAGAACAGCACGAGCGUCGACGCGAUGGUGUACCAGCUGCAGCGGCGCGCGCCGCCCGACGACGCGCAGUUCACCGGCCCGGUGGCCGUGAGCAGCGUGCCCCACGCGCUCGCGGGCAAGGGGUACAUGACCAACCAGAACAACGCCGGCGCGCCGUGGUGGCCUGGCGCGCUGCACCAUGCCGUGACGGGCGCGCACACGCCCACGGACAGGGGCACGACGGUGCUCGGCGGCGGGCUGGGCAUGCGCAAUGUGCCGACGGACAACUCGCUGCGCUGGCUGACGGGCCUCGAGAUCCACUAUGAAGUGCCGGCAGGACACGAGUGGUACGGCGACUUUCCGGGCAAGUUUGAGCUCCUCGCCAAGGGCGGCCUGACGCCCAUGCUCGUCGCGACGAGCAAGCGCGUCGAGCUGCUCGACACGAUGCGCGGCCACCACGCGUACGCGGUGUACGGUGCGCAUGUGGACGCGAACGGGACGCGGGUCCUCACCCUCCGCAACCCCUGGUUCCCGCCCGCGCAGCCGUACGACUACGACAAGGUCAAGGACAUCAUCGGCCCGCCGGCGUACCCCGCCAACUGGGAGACGGGGCCCGUAGACAGUAUCGCGAACUACCCGGCGCUGGGGAAGAGCGCGAACGUCACGGCGCGCCAGGGGCCGCCGGGGCCGGGCGCCCAAGGCUCGUAG